ACAAAACAGGAAAGAAAAGAAAAAGGGGUUGUAGGAAGGGCGGAGCCGUUCCCUUCGCCGCCACCACCGCGAUAAGCGAGGCCACCGCCGCCUCCUCCUCGUCACGUCGUGCACGAUCAUCUCUCUCGCCGUUUCAUUUUUUAGGUUUUGUGCUUGUUAUUAUGGAUGACAAGAGUAAAGUAAAGAAGGAAAUAGAUGGCUCCCUUGGACCCCCUCCUCGCAAGGGGAGACUUAAAUUCGCACCCAAAGUGCCACCAAAGAAAGCUGCAAAGGUUGUCCUGAAAACGGAACCGGUCGAGGAGAGCAAGGAUGAAGCCGUCGAUAUGGAAUUAUUGACGAAACUUAAGACAUCGCAGAUCACUGACCCCUUUGCAAGAAAAGUUAAGACUGAGGAUAAGCCAAAAAGUUGUAUACAGGUUGCAUUUGGACAUGGAAACUCUUCAUAUGCAAGAUCUUUUCCCAUGACAAAAAGUUCUUCAGCAGAUGGAUCAGCUUCGAAAUUGCCAAAAGAAUAUGCAGAGCCUUGGGACUAUACCCAUACUAAUUAUCCUGUUACUCUCCCACUGAGGAGGCCCUACUCUGGAGAUCCUGAAAUUCUUGAUGAGGAAGAAUUUGGAGAAUCUUCUGCCGGCAGAGCUCAAGAUGCUGAAUUAACCGCAGCGGAAGAGCUUGGAUUAAUGGAUCGGUCGGACACACCACAGCUGCUCUUCUUCCAGUUGCCUUCAUCUCUUCCUUUACCAAUGCAGCCACAAUCGGUUACAGAGCCAAAUAAAGGCUCCAAGGAGAAUGCUAAACCUGCAAGUACAAGCUCCAAGGAGAGAGGUGAGGGCACGAGGCCAUCAUCGUUCCGUGGCUCGAAACUUAAAGAGCUGCCUGGAGGUUUCAUGGGGAAGAUACUCGUAUAUAAGAGUGGUAACGUGAAGAUGAAGAUUGGAGAUACACUCUAUGAUGUUUCGGCUGGCUCAAAUUGCAUGUUUGUCCAGGAGGUUGCAGCAAUAAACACCAGAGAUAAGCAUUGCUGCACAUUGGGAGAGAUCAGCAAGCGAGCUGUUGUCACCCCUGAUAUUGACUAUUUGCUGGGUUCUGUUGACAAGAUGGAAGAAUAGCCAUUUCUUUUGUGCAAACUAUGGCCAGAUGCCAUUGCAUGGGAGGCAUGUUUCUUCAAGAGAAAAGCGGCGGGUUUCACAAGGCGACAAUUUUGUGUUUCAACAAAAUAAAUAUAGAGUCAGACACAGGUUCCUUAAACAAAGAAGGCAUUCACAAAUAGGUCAGUGCUAAGCUGAGGAAAAAAUAAAUAAACUUUUGUUUAUUGAUUAUGAAGUAUUUGUGUCCUCCUAUUCUUUUAGGCAAGUUUUCUAAGUGAAGUAAAGAGGCAAAAUCCAAAAAUAGAUAACAGAUUUGUCAAAAUAGACAACAUAUCGACAUAUUUGUAAAUCUAGCGCAAAUAUUCGGCACCUCAAACACCAAAAAUCCGAUUUCAGUACCUAAGACGUCGAAAAAGGAUGAGUUUGUCCUAUAUUCGAUAUCUCAAGUGCCGAAUAUAACACUGUUCACUGUAUUCAGCACCUUAGAUGUCGAAUAUGGGUCGGCGUGCUUCACCUCUCCUGUUGUUAAUUUGUUUAGGUAACUUUUUUGUGAAGGUAGUUGUGUAGGUAACUUUUUUGUGAAGUAUCAUAUAACACGGUAACCAAUGCUGAAUACGGGUAGACGUGUUUCACCUCUCCCGUUGUGUAAUUUGUUUAGGUAACUUCUUUAAGUUAGUCAUGUACGUAAUUUUUUUAAAGUAAUGUUGGGAGGAUAUAAAUUCUAAUUU